CCUUUAUAAUUUAGCACAUACGACUCCUUUCUCUGACGCUUGCUUUGCCCGAAAGUUUAUAUGUAGACUCUACACAAUCACCAUUUUCAUCGCCAGUCAUUGCCGAGGUGGAAUCCACAUGCUUUCUAUCUAACACUAACCCAUCAUCUGCCACCGAAAGGGUCAUUAAGGACAACUGUAAACGCGACGCAACUAUGAAAUCAAAAUAUGGAGAGGUUGAUACGACAAUGAUCAUUGAAUUGCAGAGUCCAAUCGUUUUGUCAAAAACAAAACCUCUAAUGUGUGGAGCCUACUUGUUUCAAACAGUAGAGCAAUUUCUUGAAUGGGCCGAAAUAAUUGGAGCCCAAUUUCUUCCUCAAGCCACUUUCAACUACCCUAGUUACUCCUAUAUCCUCAUUCAAGGGCAACAGAUAGUUGACGGCCAAGGGCUCAUCAAUAUUCUGGGACCGAAGCUAGUAGACAGCGACAAGUAUGAUGAAAUUAUGUUUCUUCAUCCUUGCCCCAUCCGUCUUACGGCAAUGUGUUGGGUCAAUGGUUUCUCCUUUUCCUUGUCAUCGGCGGCCAAGCAGCUUGAGAAACCUAAUCACCAUUCUCAGCAUCGAUGGGGGUGGUAUCAAGGGCAUCAUUCCCGCUACCAUUCUCGAAUUCCUCGAAUCUCAACUCCAGGAACUGGAUGGUGAAGAAGCAAGGCUUGCAGACUACUUUGACGUGAUUGCAGGAACCAGCACGGGGGGUCUCAUAACCGCCAUGCUCACUGCUCCGGAUGAACAGAAGAGACCACUUUUUGCUGCCAAAGAUAUCAAGCCCUUUUACCUGGAGCAUUGUCCAAAGAUAUUCCCGCAAAAGCAUUUCUUAUUUGGAUCGACUAGAAAAUGGUUCAGAUCACUGGUUGGUCCCAAGUACGAUGGCGAAUACCUUCACCAAGUGGUGAGACAGAAGUUGGGAGAAACUAGGUUGCACGAGACACUUACCAACAUUGUCAUCCCCACCUUUGACAUAAAGGCGAUGCAGCCGGCCAUAUUCUCAUCCUAUCAGAUCAAGAAGUCCCCUUGUUUGGAUGCUAGACUAUCUGACAUAUGCAUCGGCACCUCUGCCGCACCAACCCUUCUUCCAGGCUACCACUUCAAGAACCAAGAUCCCGAAGGCAACGUCCGUGAAUUCAAUCUUAUUGAUGGAAGUGUUGCUGCAAAUAAUCCUACUUUAGUCGCCUUGAACCAAGUAACGCAGCAGGUCAUCAUUGAAAAUCCUGACUUCUUCUCCAUCAGGCCCAUGGAUUAUGGUCGCUUCCUCAUAAUCUCGAUAGGCACAGGCACAGCAAAGAAUGAGCAAAAAUUCAACGCAAAAAUGGCUGCCAGAUUGGGACUGAAGGGUUGGUUAAGCUGCGGUGGUUCUCGUCCUUUGAUCGAUGUGUUUACCCAAUCCAGUGCUGAUAUCGUCGACUUUCAUUUAGCCACCGUCACCCAAGCCCUUAAUUCACAGGAUCACUACCUUCGGAUACAGGACGAUACGUUGAUGGGUACGGUUUCUUCGGUGGAUAUUUCUACAACAGAGAAUCUGGAGAAACUGGGCCAAAUUGGUAGAGAGCUGUUGAAGAAACCAGUCUCAAGAGUCAAUUUAGAGACGGGUCUUUGUGAGCCAAUCGAAAACGGCGGGACCAAUGAGCAUGCCCUUAAAAAAUUUGCCAAGAUACUUUCCCAAGAAAGAAGAUUGCGGGAAAUGACAUCUCCAAAUACGGGCAGGCAGCAGGGCCUAACAGAUUGUCUAUAUUGUUUCCACAGUCGCCGCCAGAUUAUUUGAUUAUUUCUCGUUGUUCUGUAAUAGAAUUAGUCAAUUUGAUUCGUUAUAUAUUUAUUUGAUUUCCCUGUCCACUGUUCUGUUAAAGAAGGUAUAAUAUUUUUCCUUCAUGCUGCACGUUAAUACUCAACUAAUCAUGUUCUUCGAUAAAGCCCUAAAUUGAUGUCCA